UAUGCUUUUAAAUAUUUUAUUUUUCCAUGUAUAAUUUCAGGAAACGUUAUCUCCUUCUGUUUGUUCUUGUCACCAACGCCGACGUUUAUUGGGAUAGUGAAGAAGAGGUCAGUGGAGGAGUACUCGGCCGUGCCCUACUUGGCAACCCUGAUGAAUUGCUUGGUUUGGAUCAUCUACGGGCUGCCUACGGUGCACCCUGACAGCACAUUGGUCAUCACAAUCAACGCUGCAGGAGCCGCGAUUGAGAUCGCCUUCCUCGUCAUCUUCUUCCUCUUCUGCAGCCGCAAACAGCGUCUGGUCGUAACCGCGGUUGUGGCCGCCGAGGCAGCGUUUGCGGUCACACUCGCCGCUCUCGUCAUGACUUUGCUCCAUACUGUCGAAAAGCGGACGUUGGCCGUUGGGAUCGUAUGUUGUGUCUUCAAUGUCAUGAUGUACGCUUCUCCUUUGGCCGUUAUGAAAACGGUGAUAAAAACAAAGAGCGUGGAGUACAUGCCGUUUCUCCUAUCCUUUGCUGCGUUUGCAAACGCGAUUGCGUGGACCGUUUACUCUUUUAUGCCUUUUGACCCUUUCAUGGCGAUACCAAAUGGGAUCGGGGGUCUUUUUGGGUUGGCCCAAUUGGUUCUGUACGGAGCAUACUACAAAUCCACCAAGAGGAUAAUGGCGGAGAGGCGACGACAAUCUGGAAACGGCGAAGUGGGAUUAUCCGCUGUGUUCACUCACACCGAUUCGGAGAAGAUUUCCACCGCGAGAUUCUGAAUCUCUCGUCCCUUAUCCACCGUCCGAUUACCGGUGGUGUUUCUGUAAUUAAAUUCUGAUGUGGAGUUCUAUAUAAAUAGUUAUAUUUAUAA